GAACGAAGCGUCAAAACAGAAGCCGCACGCCACGAAAACAAUCGCGCGUUCUUCAAAGAUUUUUAGUUUUUUCAAUAGUUUUCCUCCAAAAAAUGUCCUUCGAAUCGAUUCCCAAGGAUCUGCGCGGACUGCGGGCGUGUUUGGUGUGCUCGAUGGUGAAGACCUUUGACCAGUUCGAGUACGAUGGCUGCGAAAACUGCGAGGACUUUCUGCGGAUGAAGGGCAACAAGGACCAGGUGUACGACUGCACCAGCAACAAUUUCGACGGGAUGAUUGCCGUCAUGAGUCCGGACGAUAGCUGGGUGUGCAAGUGGCAGAGAAUCACCCGCUUCACAAAGGGAAUUUACGCCAUUUCGGUGUCCGGUCGGUUACCGAACGGCAUCAUUCGUGACAUGAAGAAUCGAGGCAUUCCGUACCGGCCGAGGGACACCAGCCAGCGAUAACGCUUCCGGUUCGAUCUGUGGAUUUAUGUUUAAGCGAAUCAAUAAACGGACAAUGUUUGAUCAAAAUAA